GUGUCGCGUUUCAUAAUCCACGGCAAAGUAGCUUAUCAGUGAAGACUUUUGAUAUCGCAAAAAAAGAAAAAGCAAUGCCGGGUUUGGAGCGGAUUAAUCGCUGUGGUCGUCUGAUCAAAGAGAUACGCGAAGAUUUCCUGAAAUAUUAUCUGAAAAAAUGUCCGACCCUGUUUCACAUCUGUUACGAUCCGAUUGGAACUCAUCGAAAAGCGAGAGCCUUCAUCGGAUUUCUCUUCGGACUUGUCGCAGCUAUCGCACUGUACAAGGGCAUAAUUGUUGAGCUACAAUUCGACGCAUAUACUAGUAUCCUUCUAGGAUCCAUUCUUGCCGCAAUAUUGUCAAUAGGAUGUGCAUUGUCGAUACAAGUAAGAUGCAUCUGUCUGUUGACAAUACCAACCUUUCUUGGUCGUUCGGGACGCAACGUUUUAAGAGCGCUCAUCAUAGGAUAUAUCAUAGCGGGACCAAUAUUUAAUUUAACGUACAACGCUAAAGAAGUAGUAAGAACUUUUGCUUGUACGACGCAACUAACGCAAAAUCUCACCAAGACGCGCUACGAUCUCAUGUUCAAGCCCUUUCAGCAGGCGGUGUUCGCCAUGAGAGAGGAUGCAAACGAGAUGAAGGAUACUUUAUCCUCGGUGAGAGAUUUGAUGAGUCCGAUAGUUGAGGAAAUUGAAGGCGAAGAAGAGAUGAGACGGCUGAAAGAGGAGAACGACUAUUUGGACGAGCUUCAGGACGAUACGAAGCGAAGCGACGAGAUCGAGGAGAAACAUGAGAAAGAGAUCGCGAAAGCGAAGUCCGAUGCGGAUGUUUACGAAGCGAAGUACAAGGAGAAGAUCGAGGCGCGCUGCGAAGAGCAGCUUAGCCGUGGCGCUGAACGGUGCAGGCAAGACAGCAUACGGAAUUAAUCUCAGUCAGCUUCGUAUACUUCUUUACACUUUUAUUGUUUCCGCUUAGCUUUUUUGUGAGAAAACGUUAAUGUGACACUUUUCAGGGACAUGUUCAGCGAGGCCUACGACAAGUGUUACGACACGGUAACGGUCUUCGCAGCCUGGCUGUUGUGUUGGCCGAUGAAGCUUACUUUUGUUUGCAACUUGGUGCAGGCUCUCGGUGGCGCCAACAUCUGCGAUCCCGAGGGGAAAGUAGAUUCCGGCAUCGGCGAGGGUUAUGCUGCUUUGAAAAGAGCCAGAGAUACAUUUGGUCAAAGUCUCAAAGACGCAAAACUGCAAUUCAAGGUGAAAAAAAUGCCGGUGAUUCUUGAUCUCCGCGAUGCCACGGACGUCGCCAAGGACGUUAUGCAUACGUUCAUUGCGCGUAAGAAGAUUUUCGAGUCUGUGAUGAUGAUUAUCAAAAGAUGUCUGUCAUUUAUUUUCUUGAGAGUAAUUCUGAAUGCUCAAACGUAUCACGACAAAUAUCUAACUGAUAUCGAGCACGACAACGUGUACGUAACUUCGUAUUUCCGAAAGAUUGAUGCUAGACGCAAGACUCGUGGUAGUCUAACCCUUCUGCCGCUCAAGAAAAUCGAGAGAUCAAAGUUUGUGGAUCCGUACAGUCUGCGGCCAAGCAAACUCGAGCGAGUGCAUCUAACCAGUCAAACGGUGAAGCUAUUUCUCGAAAUGAUUAGCGUAACUACGUUUAUACUGCUGGACAGACUGUUCUUCGAGGCGCUCGACUUGGUUAGAAGACACGCUCACAUGGAAUAUAUUCAGGUACGAAAUUCUCGACUUUCUGAUAUUUUUCUCGUUCUGGUUAACUCCGACAUUUAUUCUGUUCAGGCGGGUCAUCACGAUUUGACUCUAGAAGUUCGCGGAAUCGGAGUAAUAGCCACUUUGAUACGUAGCGUUGUUCGCGGUUUCAAUGUGAAAAGACGAGUGAAGACCGUAGUGUCUAACAGCGCGUGUUUACCGAGACCCAGUAGAAUAUCGAAUCGUGUGAUCUUCAAAAUCUAUUCGACCUAUUUAGGCAUCUGGUUGUUACUGUUUACCGCUGCUUACACUCAGCGAUUGCGUCGCGUAAUCUGCUCGUUUUUCUACAGAAAGCGCGAGAAAAGACGCGUACUCUAUCUCUACAACGAGAGUUUGCGACGCAGACUCGGAUACGCCAGAUUCAUGCGAGCCAAGAUCAGAACUCUGAUUAGAACUCGUCGACUGGAGUACGAGAUAGAUCCGUGGCUUGCUUUGAGGCUUCGCUGGCCGGUGCUUUGCGGUUGGCUGAUAUUAUUUGCCUGGGCGCGUCACAAAUGUCUCGUUUGCAGCGAGGUGGAGCCAAGAAAAGGCCCGCUAUUUCGUAGAUGCACGACGCCCGGAUGUCCUUUUGUCCAUUGUCCCGACUGCUGGGAGGACGUUGGUGAGAUUUGCCACGCUUGCGCGGACAUUGGUGAAACGGACGACGACACAGAAGAAUACGAUUUUUAAAUGAUUGAGACGAUCCCGAAGCGAAUUUAAAUUACUUUUAGAUAAAUGGAAAUAAAUGUGUGUUUUAUGGCUAAAGAAACGCGCGGCUAUUUACGAAAAACCACGCAUUUGUUUACUGGUAUAAUAAUUAAAAUGAUUUUUUUUUCAUAACAAAACUUGGCGAUAUGAAAUCGUAGACUAAUCGUGAAAUUUAAAAUGUUACUUUGUUACUUAUAUUUAUUCCGCGUUCUAUGCCGUGUUCUUUUCUUUUUACUGCAACGUGACAUAAGCGGUAAUCUUCCACUGACAAAGUGAAGUUUUUACUAAGUUAUGUCGCACAAUCAAGAUUCAAAUGAAGAGACCGUGCCAGGGAAUUUUUUGUACGCUGGAUCGUAAAUACACACGACGCGAUAAACGCGCGCGGAAUACAUAUAUAAUGACACGUACGCAUAUCAAUGAAAGUGUUUUUAUUUACGCAUUUAUAUGCGCGCGCGCACGUGUGUGUGUGCAUAUUACAUUCUAAUCGCGUCAAAUUGCAAGUUAGAAGGACGGUAUAAGGCAAUUAAAACAAUUAACAUCUCGUUAUAA